AUGAUGUUCAUGUCUACUGGUUUCUGCACCUCCCCUACUCCCACCUCCCCAACUCUCACCUCUCCCACUCUCACCUCCCCCACUCUCACCUCCCCCACUCCCACCUCCCCAACUCUCACCUCUCCCACUCUCACCUCCCCCACUCUCACCUCCCCAACUCUCACCUCUCCCACUCGCACCUCCCCCACUCUCACCUCCCCCACUAUCACCUCCCCCACUCUCACCUCCCCAACUCUCACCUCCCCAACUCGCACCUCCCCCACUCUCACCUCCUCCACUCUCACCUCCCCCACUCUCACCUCCCCAACUCUCACCUCUCCCACUCGCACCUCCCCCACUCUCACCUCCCCCACUAUCACCUCCCCCACUCUCACCUCCCCAACUCUCACCUACCCCACGCUCACCUCCCCCACUCUCACCUCCCCCACUCUCACCUCCCCACAGACCGUACAAGGCGGCUUCCCUGGAGUCUUUGCUCGCCUCUGGGACGUGGAUGCUUCUGCUGUCGCUGCCGUACUCUCCCAGGUGCGCCCUCCCCUCAACAGGUGCGCCCUCCCCUCAACAGGUGCGCCCUCCCCUCAACAGGUGCGCCCUCCCCCCAACAGGUGCGCCCUCCCCCCAACAGGUGCGCCCUCCUCCCAACAGGUGCGCCCUCCUCCCAACAGGUGCGCCCUUUCCCCAACAGGUGCGCCCUCCCUCAUCAGGUUCGCCCUCCCUCAACAGGUGCGCCCUCCCCUCAACAGGUGCGCCCUCCCCUCAACAGGUGCGCCCUCCCCUCAACAGGUGCGCCCUCCCCCCAACAGGUGCGCCCUCCCCCCAACAGGUGCGCCCUCCCCUCAACAGGUGCGCCCUCCCCCCAACAGGUGCGCCCUCCCCCCAACAGGUGCGCCCUCCCCCCAACAGGUGCGCCCUCCCCCCAACAAGUGCGCCAUCCCCCCAACAGGUGCGCCCCUUCCCCCCCCAGAUGCGCCCUCCUCCAUCCAGGGCCAGCCCCGAUUCACGGAGAUACUUCACCUGGACUCUCAGCAGCCCUUCGUUACCCCAUAUUCUGCCACCUCUAUCGUGCUGCGAGCCGAUGGAGCCGUUGCCCUCUGGACUGGCACCCAGUGGCCUGACCACACAGUUUCAUCCCACCGCCUUACAUCCAACGGCGUUUCAUCUGGCGCAAUUUCAUCUGCUUCCCCUAUGUCACAGCAAUCCCACCAGAGGUUGGUGUAUCUGCCUUGCCUUCCACUCUUGCACCCCCAUUCAGCUACCUCUGCUUCUGCCGCUGCUUCUUCUGCCGCAGCCGACGCCGCCGUCGCUGCUGCUUCUACUGGUGAUGAUGAUGGUCGUGGUCUGGGCAGUGGCAGUGCACGCAGAGGUGGUGAUGAAUUUAUCGACAGCAAUGGGAGUAAUGAUUAUGAUAAUGGUGGUGACGAUAAUGACCGGGACAGUAGCGACUUUGUGAUUGCAGAUAGCAACUGGCGGUGGCUGGUUGUGGCACGAGGAGCUAUAGCUGAAGUCUAUGAUUUUCUGGUGCGCUGA